AUGAGCAAUUAUUGGGACUUCGAAGCGAAAAAAUGGCAGCGCUUGAGACAGGAGCAUCGGUAUGGGCUCUCCUGCGCUAAAAUCAACAAAAACACCCCGAAUCAAACUCUGUUUCACGUCAAGCUCACUGACACUGCCAUUCGGACCCUCGAAGCCUACCAGAACUUGAAGGCAUCACUAUCAAAUCAGCCAGCGAUUUGCUUCAAGGGGAGCCAAGGGUACAUAAAGAUCCCAGCACCAACCCCUGAGUCUCCCGAUGGAUUCAGAGUCUUCUCGUUUUACCUAUCCAGUGACAGCAAAGACAAGCCUCAGUCCAGCUUUGACUGCAUUCAUCAGUAUGUCUCAGGGGAGGGCAGGGAUCACCUGGAGGGCCAGGGGAGCAUUCAGGACAAGAUCACAGUCUGUGCCACAGACGACUCUUAUCAGACGACCCGGGAGCGCAUGUCUCAGGUGGAGAAGGACAUCUGGAGCCGCUCAGCAAUUGAGAUCAAGCCAGGACCAAGCAAGUGUGUGAAGGUCCAGAGAAAGCAAGGUCUCGUGUCAAGCUCAGAUAUCAACAACAAGCACUCCCCCAACAACAAGAGGAGCCUGGUUCCCAGCCCUGUGGCACACCGGCCCUUGAGGGAUCGCAUCAUUCAUCUGCUGGCCUUAAAGCCCUACAGGAAACCUGAGCUGCUGCUGUGGCUGGAUAGGGAGCGGGCAACUCCUAAGGACAAGGUUGACCUGACCUCAGUGCUGGAAGAGGUUGCUAAACUGAGCCCUAAGGACCACAGCUACUCUCUAAAGGAUGAGCUCUACAGACACGUCCAGAGAGACUGGCCUGGAUAUCUAGAAGAGGAGAAGCAGCUCAUCCACAGACUCCUAAUCAGGAAACUUCAGCCACUCCACAGUAGCCAGCUGAAGAGUCCCCAGUCCAGUCAUUCAUUCCACAAAACUCCUGGGGAUUCUCCUUCACAGCACAGUCCUGCCAAAAAUCUCUCUGUGAAACGCCCAUUAGCUUUGGACCCAUCUAACAUCCAAACCCCCAAAAGACAAAGGCUAUCAGACAAGUGUCAGCCUCUGCAGUCACCCUCCCAUGCUGACUUUGGCACCAACGGGGCUCGAAGCUCCUCUAGUCAUGGAAACUCCAGUGGACACAUUAAAACGGAGUUUGACAAAACCAACAAUCAUCUUCAGGGGAGCCCAAAUGGUCUGUACUCGCCGCACAAACUCAGCAGGUCAUCCACUCUUCCCAAAGCAGAGAGGACAGAAGCAGCUCCUACUGCACCCAGCCCCAAGCCUCCACACAGUGAAACCUCCAUGUGCAAUGACCAGCAGUUCACCAAUGGCCAACAUAAAAAGAAAAGGUCCAAGAAACACAAAGACAAAGAAAGAGAACGCUUGAAAGCAGACUGGAUAGAGACUAGUCCAGACCUGAAGCAGAAUCAAGAAAAUCUCAAAGACCAUGAGGGCCAGAAAACACCUGUUAAUUGUGCCACAGCAGAGGAACUGCCUGACUAUUUAAAAAAAUACAGCACCAUAACUGCGCUGGAGCAGCGUCAGCAGUAUAAUCAGGACUUCUGUGCCGAGUAUGAUGAAUACAGAGCUCUUCAUGACCGGAUUGGGGCUAUCACAGAGAUGUUUGUUCAGUUGGGCUCAAAGAUCAACACUCUCUCUCCAGGAACACAAGAGUACAAGGUUAUGGAGGAACAAAUACUACAGAAGUAUCGCAAGUACAAGAAAAAGUUUCCUGGGUAUCGGGAAGAGAAGAAGCGAUGUGAGUACCUCCAUAAAAAACUGUCGCAUAUCAAAGGCCUGAUCACAGAAUAUGACAGAGCACAGGGACUCUCAUAGUGACGGGCCUCAACCCUCAGCAGGGUGAAAUAUGACUGGACCAAAAGACUCAUAAUGGACCCAAAGGCUGCCCAGCUGGGUCCCAAAGCCGCUGAGACACUAUUCACUUUACUCCUUGAUGUUGAGGAGCGAGGUUCGUUUUUUCAAAAGUGGGCCGAGACCACAGACUCGUGAUCCGAUGUUACCCUUUGACACCAUUUGGUUUUUCAGCUCUGAUUACCACUGCAAUGGCUGGAUUCUUUUCUGCUGUGAAAGCCAACGGGUGUGAUCAUUCCUGCCUAAUAAUUCUCGUCUAAACUUUAAAAAAAAAAGUGUUGAUUUUUAAGUAUUAAAGUGAUGGUACAAUCAAUCUUAGGGUGAAACAAAUGCUACUAAAGUCUUUUUAUUUAAAAAUAGAGAAAUUUAUUUGCUUUUUGCUGAUAGAAAGACAAAUGAUGGUUGAUCAGUGAAUGAUCAGAUCCCAUAUUGACCGCAAUAUGACCAUGCCAUGAACAGUGUGCAUCUCUCUUCAGACUAGAUCAAAAUUGACAAAUUAUAUUUCAUCUCAGCGAGACAUCAACAUGAGACACCUGCAGGAUUGAGACCCUAAAACGUUGAUAUCUCUUUAAAACCUGCUUCUUUAGGCUUUUCUUAAUGCAUUUUGUCCUGUAGCUUUCUGCUAACGUCCUGUUUCAUUUCUAAGAAAUGUUGAAAUGCCACAAAACGACCCCUCGCAGUGCUAUAACGCUGGUUUUCGAGAUAGUGCUUGUGCAGUUUGUGUCACUUUCACCCACAUGUAGCCUACAGUACCAAGAACUGCCUUUUUAGUAUGUAAUGACACAAAACAAAAUAUCAAUUCAGAAAUUUCCCCAAUUUAUUUCGUGACAAGCUUACUGAUAUACACGAUCAUGCUGUGUUUACACUGUAGACGAACAAUUAAGUUGCUUAUGAAAUAUUGUUUUUUUUGCUUUCCAGGCAUUUUUAAAAGCUUAUUUACCUUGGUAAUUAAUUUAGUCAAUGCAUUUUUAUUUACUAUGAUUUUUCUUUGGUUGAAGUUUUGGUGAUUUUUAAAUUUUUUUUUUAAUUUGGGCUUUGGGCGAGAAAGAAUAAUUCACAUUUUGAUGUUAUUCUGCUGAAUGUGACAGAAAUGCCUUUAAAAAAAAAACUGACCCUGUAAUUGUUAACCCCACAGGGAUAAGUGUGGGUUGCUCACUUAAGUUUAAACCACUCUGGUUCGGUUGGGUGUAGGGAGCAGACUGACCUCUAGGGGCUGCUGGCGAGGCUUUUAGACUUUCAUUGAACCGCUAAUAUUUGCCUAAUAUUUGCCUUGAUGUGCACACUAUGUCUGACAUUUCCAUGAUUCUGGCACCUCAGUUCUGAAAUUCUCUUCGCUUGACCAGCUCAGAUUGUUCCUGUAAAUGUCUUUUAGUUUGAAGGAUAGUUCAGUUACUGGAUAGAUGUGCAGCAGUUGUAUUAUCUGUUGGUUUUUU